CCUCAACCGGCAACGAUUUUUGUGGCCCUCGGUUGCCAAACAACAACCUCUCUUCACACUCGAUGCGUUCGUACCCUCGCAUCGUAGCUAACAGGCCGUCAAUCGGCGUUUGCUGCAUUGCCCCACACCGCACAUGUUGACUACUUCUGGCCCGAUUCUGUCCCCUCACCAAGGCCCUUGAUUGGCUGUCUAGCUGAUCAGGACUGAUGGUAAACUCCCUUUGAGAAGCUUGCACAUCAUUGCUGGCGUCACGCUCAACGAAGUUGCCUCUGCGCCUAGAAUACCGCCCGCAUCAGCCGGACUAGAGGAGAGCCUCAAAACUCGACUCUAGCAACAUGGCCAGCAGGAGCGAUUAUCAGACUGGGCGGCGAGCGGGACUAUCGAGAAAUGCGAUGCCCCCUCCUUUACUCAAAACUGUCAACGGCAAGGCUCGUUUCGAGCCCAAAAACAUUGAUGACCCGCCCAUGGAUGACACGGAAUCGGAGUUGAGUGAGCCCGAGGCUCCCUCGCUCAGCCAGCCGCGCCUAUCGGCGAAUCUCCAAGGCAGUAGGCCAGACCAAAUGCUCAUAAAGCCUUCGCUACUGUCGAAGCACGCGGAGAACCGCCCCCAGAGCAACUCCAACCCCGCUACCGACUAUUCAGACUCAGACGAAAGUCCACGACCAUCCCGGGCAGACAUUCAACGGACCCCUUACUAUGGUACUUCCAAGAGGGGACAGGAACAAGCUAGACAGUACAGCGCGUUACAGGAGCGUAACUCGGAUCCGAAGCGGACUGUUAACUCACAGAAGUCAGAGACCAUGGCUCGUCCGAUCAAGAGGAACUCGUCCGUCGAUGCUGCGUCUCACCUCAUCUCUAACAAAAAGAGGGCACUGACCAGCAGGCUUGACGAGGCGAGAGAGGUGAGAAAACUGAGGGGUGAACCGAAAUCCUACUCUCAGAAGGACAAAAACGCCAGUCAGCGGCCGAGGAAUGUGUCUGAGAAACCGACGACCAGGAGUUCGCGAGGGAAGACUGCAGCCAACCGGAAGGGAGAAAAUCGUUCAACACCCCCCAAAAAGCCACUACCGUCAUUCAAGGCAUAUGACGAUGACCCAUUUGAUCAAUUUCCCGGCAAGGCUUCGCCCAAAGGCCUCAUGAAACUUCCAUCUUGGCCGUCCUCACCUCCUGGUAGCCCUCCAAAGGCGUCUUUCCUCAAGCAUUCAUCUCUCAGCCCUGGCGCAUCGCCUCGACGCCCCAUCAAGGCCGAAUUCAAGCACCCAUCUGGAUCCCUGCCUGAACCUCUGCAGAGUCCUGAGAGGAAAUCAACUGAUCUUCUCCGCGACCCAGAGUUGAGCCCCAAGCCCCUGUGUAAAGGGAAGGAGGAGCACGACUCGUUCUUUGACCUCUCGGACCUCUCGGACCAAUCAAGUUCCGACGUUGACAGAGAGACACGAUGCCCAAUGUGCGGUGAUACCGUUGCCAAGACUCUCUUGGACAGCUUUUCGGGGGGGUCGCGGCUGCAUAUUCGUAGGCAGAUCCAGUUCUGUCGAUUACACAAAAAGAAGUCGGCCGAGGAUGCUUGGGAUGCUCGGGGAUAUCCCAGCAUUAAUUGGGAGUGUCUUGGCUCUCGACUAACAACUCAUUACGACUUUCUUCGGUGCAUCAUCAACGGUGGUUCGUCCCACUACGCGUCACUACUGGUCGCCAAGGUCAAAGAAGGCAAGAAUCGCACCCUCCUGAAGGCGGAGGACAGCCUCACGCCUGGGUACUACGGCCCACGCGGCCUGCGUGCAUUUUCCGAAAACAUUAUUGGCAAAUUCUCGUCGAUGCUGAGAGAGCGAGCCGUGGAAGACCGGCUCAUAUCAUCGCGUGGAUACUCCAGUUAUGUGGAGGCAGUCUUGGUUCCCGAGCUGGCCGUUCAGUUGAUCUCCGAGGACAUGGAGGUUGAGGCUGACGAAGCAAGAAAGAUACUCGAGGAAAGCAGGUGGAUUGGCGAUCUGCUUCAUGAAGACACUGGAGAUACAGUUGACCAUCUCAGCGGCGAUGAACGGGUUUGACAUUGAAGGAACAAAUAUGAUGAUCGGCAUGUAACGGAUGAGCUUUUAAGCAGUUCAAGACCCGGCCGUCAACAGGUGGCCUUUGUUGGGCUAU